AUGGCGCCAAUAAUGUUCUCUUUAAGAUUUCUGUUCUUCCUUUCUCCCGUUUUGUUCCUCAUCAGCACUCAAUCCCUUGCUCAGCCCCCUGAUUUUCGAGGCAUUUGGUGUUUCAACGAUAAGGGCAACUACACCACCAACAGUACCUACCAGACAAACCUCAACACCCUUCUCUCUUCUCUUUCUUCCCCCUCCAACAACGGCAAUGGCUACGGCUUCUACAACUCAUCCUACGGGGAAAACCCCGACCAGGUUCACACAAUCGGGCUAUGUCGAGGGGAUGUCAAGGUGGACAUUUGCCGUGGCUGCCUCAGCAACGCCACACAACUGCUCACACAGGUCUGUCCCAAUCAAAAGGAAGCUUUCGGCAUAUUUGACCAGUGCACGCUUCGCUACGCCAACCGCUCCAUCUACGGAGCCAUGGAAACUUUCCCAACUCUCAUGUGGUAUAACGUACAGAACGUAUCCUCCGACGUCGAUGGGUUUUUUCAAGAGCUGAGGACGCUACUGGAGGACCUAAGGGGUCAAGCUGCAGGGAACGGUUCACUUCGAAAAUUUGCGGUAGGGACCGCAAUCGCUCCCAACUUCCAAACAAUCUAUGGACUUGCGCAGUGUAGGCCGGAUUUGACCGAGCAGAACUGCAGUUAUUGCUUGGGUAGUUCUAUGGCAGAUAUCCCAGAAUAUUUUCCGGGGAAGGAAGGUGGUCUUAUUAGUAAACCCAGCUGUGAUGUUAGGUAUGAGACCUAUCGCUUCUUUGACCCUACAACUGUCCGACCAUUGCCGUCUUCUCCACCGGCACUGUCUAGUCCUCCUCCACCGUCAACCAAUACAGGAGGAUCCAAGAGUAACAGAUCUCGGACUGUCAUCAUUAUUGUUGUGCCAAUUGUAGUUUCUGUGGUACUAAUAGUUAUAUUCUUCUUUAUUUGUUUAAGAGUAAGGACAAAGAAAAAACUUGAAACUAGGAAGUUAAUUCCAGGCGGCCACGAUACAUAUGAAAUUGGAUUUGCAGAAUCCUUGCAAUUUGACUUGGCCACCAUUAGAGUUUCCACAGAUGACUUUUCUGAAGCAAAUAAACUUGGACAUGGCGGAUUUGGUUCUGUUUAUGUAGGCCGGAUUUGCAAUGGAAAAGAUAUAGCUGUAAAAAGGCUCUCUACAAAUUCUGGGCAAGGAGAUUUAGAAUUCAAAAAUGAGGUCUUGUUAGUGGCUAAACUUCAACACCGGAAUUUAGUUAGACUCUUGGGUUUCUGCUUAGAAGGAAGUCAAAGGCUUCUUGUCUAUGUUGUCCCUAAUGCAAAUCUCGAUCACAUCAUAUUUGACCCAACAAAGCGUGCACAACUAGAUUGGGUGAGGCGCUACAAAAUCAUAGUAGGCACUGCUCAAGGCCUCCUUUACCUCCACGAAGACGCUCGCCUUAGAAUUAUUCAUCGUGAUCUCAAAGCUAGUAACAUCUUGAUAGAUGCAGAAAUGAACCCCAAAAUUUCAGAUUUUGGCAUGGCAAAGUUGUUCGUGCUUGAUCAAACGCAAGGCAAUACUAGUCGAAUUGUCGGGACCUAUGGGUAUAUGGCUCCAGAGUAUGCAUUUCAUGGACACUUUUCUGUUAAGUCCAAUGUCUACAGUUUUGGUGUGUUAGUUCUAGAGAUAGUCAGUGGACAAAAAAAUAGUGGCUUCCAGCAUGGAGAAAAUGCGGAGAAUCUUCUAAGCUUCGCCUGGAGAAGUUGGAGGGAAGGGACAGCUUCAAAUCUAAUAGAUCCCACAAUGGAGACUGGUUCAAGAAAUGAAAUAAUGAGAUGCAUCCACAUUGGAUUAUUAUGUGUGCAAGAAAAUGUAGCUGAUAGGCCAACCAUGGCUUCUGUUAUUCUCAUGAUGAAUAGCCACUCCUUCACUCUCCCAGUGCCCUCCCAACCUGCAUUUUAUCUGCAUAGAAGCAUUGGAUCGGACAUGUCGUUACGAUCUGAAUAUAAUUCAGGGGCAACAAGGUCAGAUCGAUCCAAGAGUAACUCUGUCAUAGUAAUGGAAUAUGAGACUUUUACUGAACCACAUCCUCGCUAGUGGUUGAGGAUCGAUCCCUUUGGUUCAUUUUAAUUCUUUCUUAUCUAAUUCUAUAUGGUGUGGCUCAUUCAUUAAUUGUUCAAGUAGGGUUCUGAAUAAGGCUUCACAUUCUUGAUACAAUAACAGAGGAAGUGCUAUAUAGCAAAGCAUUUACUUCUGAUGGAUUUGUGGAGAAAAUUACCCAAGUGUGUUGAUUUUCAGGAUCUGGAUCAAUGUGAAUCAAACCAGAGUGUAAUUUAUUAUAUUUUUAUGACAACUCUGUAUAA